AUGGCGCCCGCGCGCGCGCGCGAGGGACAGGUGAUGCCGCGCGCGCGGGCGCUGGGGGCGAUCGCGCGUCUGCGCGCGCGCGCGAUGGGGAGCAGGGGGACGUUGGGGGAUGCGAUGACGGAUGCGCUCGAACGGUCGCGCGCGCGGACGUGGACGACGGGCGGCGGCGAUGAAGGACGGGCGAGCGAUGGAGGACGCGUGCGAAAGGGGGGUGGAGACGUCCGCGAUGAGAACGCGAUGGGAGCAUGGGGGUGGGGGGGUGAGAGCGAACGGACGAAGAGCGCGAGAAAGAGCGGACGCGGGCGAGAGGGUAGGAAAUCGUCCGCGGUGGUGACACCUGUUCGAGGUCUUCGCGCGCGCGCGUCCGAGAACGUUGAAAAGGUGCCAGGUGAAGAGCGAAGCGCCUCAAAGGCGGAUACCGCGAAAGUUCCCCUCCAACCGAACGCGAGCUCGGCGCGCAAAGGGCGAGCGGUCGUUUCGACGAGCGCGGACGUCCAGAGAGAGGGGGAGUCGAAAAAUAACGUCGAAUCGAACGAGAGAGGUGGAUCGACGCCGCGCGGUGCCGAUGCGGGAGAGGAUGAGGCGACGGUGAGUGCUCGAACGGCGCGGGUCCCCGCGUCGUAUGCGGACGCGCAGACGCCAAAGAACGUGAAGAAGAUCGCCUGGAUCGAGCCCGCGGCGAACGAAAGGUCGGUGAUAAGUGCGAAGAAAGGUCCUGCGCCCGAUUCCACGGCGAAAUCCGCUCUGGAGAGCACGAGAGAGAAGAGCGUGGCGGCGAAGGAGGCUGAGCCAAUCGACGCGACGGAAUCGGAAAAGAUCAAGGGCGGACAGAGUCAACCGUCCGCGGGUGUGCCGAGCGAGCAGAAGAGACGUGAGCGAAAACGGGCAAACGGGUUGGCGUUCCUCAAUGCCGAUAUUCCAGCGCUCGCGGCGAAGAAUCCUCAAGCGGGUGGUGCUGUUGUGUCGACCGAGUUGAAAAUCUCUCCGCGAGCGCUCGCCGCGCGCAAGGCAAAGGAAGCGAAGGAAAGCGCCGACUCCGUCCUGCCGACAGCGCCCACGUCUGCGUCGGUCGAGUCGAAAGAGAACGAUGACGCGCCAUCAACCGCGGCUGCGCCGGCUUUGGGGCCGCGCUCUGUCGUUCCGAAGGCUCCGGUGGAUCAGCGCAGUCUCACCGAAUCAUUUAUGAUUCAGCCCGAGACAGUCUCCAGCACCGUCAAUCUCGCGCCGCUUUCGUCGCUCCAGAAAAUGGUGCCGACGCCGUCCCAGAUCAAGGCAUUUCAGUCGUUGACCACGCCCUCUACGCUUCAGAGCGGGCGAAGCGCGCAAGGCAUCAAGCUUCCUGCCGCGAUAGCGCCGGUGGCGAACGCGGCUGAGGCCAAUGACGUGAUGAAUAGACUCAAGAGAGCGAUGGAGGCCCGGUCCCGAGCCGACGAAGAAAAUAAACGCCAAUUGGAGAGUGCGUUACGGCAAAAGGAGGAGGAGCGCAAACGUCGUGAGAAGGAGAUGGAAGUGAGAAAGGCGAGACACGCUGAUGAAGAGGCGCGAGAGCGAGAGGAGAGGCGACUCCGCCAAGAGCGACUGGCGCAGUUCCGACUUCAGGAAGAGGAGGCGCAGAGAAAAGCGGCGGCUGAAAAAAACAAAUGGGCGAAGAUGCUCGAAGAGCAAAAGAAGGCGAUGUACGAUAUUUCAGCGAAGCUCGCGGUGCCGAUUUCAUUGAAGAAGCGCACGAGUGGUCAAGCUGGAUUCACGACGUCGUCCUCCGAGGCUGAAAAACGCAGGCGUUUGCUUGAGAACGCGCAAGCAGCGAUACAAGGUCACUCGAAUCAGCCCCAGCCUUCGGCCGGCAUGCGGACUCCGACUCGUUCCAUCUUUAGGACGAAUUUCGCAACUGGGGCGGCGUCGACGCAUCGCACACCGCCGGCUGAGUCCUAUCCGAUCUCUCCGUAUUGCAGCAGCGAUAGCGAAGACGACGAUCGAUCGAACAAACAGAUCCCUCGCUGGGCUCGCGGCGAUGCUCUCGUGCCUCAGCUCAAGGCGCAAUCCUACGUCGAUCCGGAUGAUAUCUUUCCGAAUCCGAGUCUCACGUGCAGCCUGGGGAAGAUUUUCGCCAAGAAGAGUAGCCGCGAUCGCCGUCGCAGUAGUAGCAACUGGACCCACGACAGGUUGACGCUCCAGGAAGAGCUGAGUUACAAACAGAAAAUGGGAUUCCGGUAA